GGGAAGUAUAGGCUGUGUUGUCAACCCAGUGUCAGUCUGAUGAAGAUUGGCAUUCAGAGGGAAUUGUGUAGCAGAAAGGAGUCCAUAGUGCUGAGAAGACUAAAGGCUGAAGACAACAAUUUUCUCUACUGACAAUGAACUAACCGUCUCAAUGUGAAGCUAUCCCAUGAUGCAACAUGUGCCCCCAGCACCUGCACUAACAAUGAUGGCCACACAGAGUGUCCCUCCUCCAUCUUACCAAGAGAGUCAACAGAUGACAGGCACUACUCAACCAAACUCCAAGGCCCAGCCGGUCCAUAUCCCAGCAUCCUCUGCGGCCGGGGCCACCCCAGUGAGCGUGACCCUUGACCCGCAGACCCAGCUGGAGUCGGACAAGCAAGCCGUUUACAGACACCCCCUGUUUCCCCUGCUGGCGCUGCUGUUUGAGAAGUGUGAGCAGGCCACGCAGGGGUCAGAGUGCAUCACCUCCGCCAGCUUCGAUGUCGACAUCGAGAACUUCGUCCACCAGCAGGAGCAGGACCACAAGCCGUUCUUCAGCGAGGACCCCGAACUGGACAACCUGAUGGUGAAGGCCAUCCAGGUCCUCCGUAUCCACCUGCUGGAGCUGGAGAAGGUCAACGAACUCUGCAAAGACUUCUGCAAUCGAUACAUCACAUGCCUUAAGACCAAGAUGCACAGCGACAACCUGCUGAGGAACGACCUGGGUGGCCCUUACUCCCCGACACACACCUCCCUCAACCUGCAUCAGGACAUGCUGCAAACCUCAUCUGCUUCCAUGACGACGGUCUCCAGUUCCAUCAACCCCUCGGGUAUUGUGGUGCCCUCCAGUCCCCUACAGCAAGGGAACGUUGCCAUGACCACCAUAAACUCAGUCGUACCAGGUGGGACAUUAUAUCAGCCUGUUGCCAUGGUGACAUCACAUGGGCAGGUUCUGACCCAGGCUUUACCCCAGGGAACUCUCCAGAUCCAAAAUGCACAGGUGAGGGUAAACCUGGACCUCGCCGCCCUCCUGGAAGGGGAUGAUAAGAAGUCGAAGAACAAGCGUGGGGUUCUUCCUAAACAGGCCACCAACAUUAUGCGCUCCUGGCUCUUCCAGCACCUUAUGCAUCCGUACCCGACAGAGGAUGAGAAGAGACAGAUAGCAGCGCAAACAAACCUGACCUUACUACAAGUCAACAACUGGUUCAUCAACGCUCGCAGGCGGAUCCUCCAGCCCAUGCUGGACGCCAGCAACCCUGACCCCGCCCCCAAGGCCAAGAAGAUGAAGUCACAGCACCGGCCCACCCAGAGAUUCUGGCCCGACUCCAUCUUGUCUGGCCUCGCCCAGAACCACGGCCCCAACUCCGGCAACAACUCUGACGGCUCCAUGGUGGGGGAUGGCCUACUCUCCCUCUCCUCCGAUUCCGCCACACUGGCCAUGCAGCAGGCCAUGCUGGGGGCGGACGACUCGCUGGACGGGACAGAGGAGGAGGAGGAAGACGAGGAAGAGGAUGAAGACGAGGAAGAGGAGAUGGAGGAGGAGGACGGGGAGGAAGGGCGGCGGCCGCACGGCGACAUGGGCCUGGAUCAUGGGGAAGGCCUGUAGUGAUUGGUGGGGAGGGAUAGGGAGGAGGAGCAGAACCCAAGCUCAGCCAGGCCAAUGGGCAUGCAGCAUCGUGAAGCUGUAACACGCUGACAUAGACAGACAUGUCACCUGGACAGCCCCCUUUCCACUGAGACAAAACAUUUCUUGGUAAAAAGAAGUGGACUUACCCAAGCACAGAAAUGCUGUUUUAUAGCUAAUAGGAUCUCAUUUGGGAAAUUGUCAUGCAUUGAUUGCUUGUCUCAUGGUUUUUUUUCGAAGACUUGCUAAACGAGUAAAAUAAUCCUCUACUUUAUCCUGGGCUCUCUACAGACUCAUCAUAGUUUAUUCAAAUCAUGCAUCACUUCUCAGGUUAUUUGUCUUUAUUUGGACGUACUGGAACUACAGUUCCCACAAAGCAGUGUUUCCAUACUCUGUAAAGUAGCUUGACCUUAAUGUAAAGGAGAAGAAGUGAAAGGAGACAUGUACAAAAUGUACGGACUGGAAAUAUUACCAAGUAAUACUGAAACACUUGCAAAUAUUUUGAGGAUAGUGAGUAUGUUCAAUAUGUUUCAUAGAUUUAUUUUACAGGAGUUUAUUUUUUAUUUCUUUGGUUUAGUAUGUCAUUUUCAAACACACAGGACUGACAAACCUAGCGAACUGUAAAAGUUUUCAAUGAUCGAGAAAACAUUUUAAAUGUUGGGUGGGUGGGCAUUGGCUUGGCUCAGAUGUCUCGUGGUAUCGAAACGAAGGCGCUCAACAAUUUUCAAAGUGAACGUCGUGCCCUCUGUGUCAGCUGCAAAGAAAGAGGACAAUGCACACAGUGUGAGAUUGCCAGGUCCUGUCAGGAAUGAAAAGUGGCUUGAGUGAUUUUAUUUUUUUGUAAAAGAUCUUUCAGUGGAACCUCCUGUUGGACAAUGAACACACUUCACACCAUUUUACCAGGAUUUUACAAACUGUGAAGGAACUGCCAUUUUUUUUGCCUACAGUUUUUUUUCUUUCACUAGAAAGAAUUCAGUUCUUGAAUGUUUACUCAAAUUGAUUGUUGUGAAGUCUAUUGCCAUUUUUUUCCCCACACUCGCUUUACAAUUGUGUCCUUCCAAAGCAGGUCAUGAAUAGGGAAAUUUAACUUUUAUUUUAUUUGUACACAUUGUCAUAAUCUAUUGUCUCA